AUCCUAUCACCAGUAAGGAUAAGGUAGGACCAGCCUCUCUCCACAAAAGUGAGGAGGAUAUUUUCUUUCUUCCUGCUGCCUCUGAAGCUUAGUUUCUUAAGCCGAGAUUUUAUCAAUCCCUUAAAUGGCAGCCUUCUUUGGCUCCCCACCAUUUCUGUCUCACCCACUAACAAGAACUCCCCAUUUCUCUUCUUCAUCCCAAGCACCUCCUCCUACUCCUCCUUCACCACCAAACCCAUCUUCACAAUCACAACCACAACCUUCCACUCCAUCUCCACAGCUAAGCACAACUUCAUCAGAGCAGCAACCACCAGCCACGGUAAGAGUGCAACAACAAGGGCCCCCUAAACCUCCCACCAAUGUUGAAACCACAGACUGGAUAGCUUCCUCCUUGACCAGGCGCUUCGGGCUCGGUGCAGGCCUUGCAUGGGCUGCGUUCCUUGCUGUUGGAGUGAUCUCUGAACAGAUUAAGACUCGCCUUGAAAUUUCUCAGCAAGAAGCAAAUACAAGAGAUGCUGAGGAGCAAGAGGAGGUUGUGCUGCCUAAUGGCAUAAGGUACUAUGAGGUGAGAGUUGGUGGAGGGGCUUCACCAAGGAAUGGAGACUUGGUGGUGAUUGAUCUCAAGGGAAAAAUUGAAGGCAGUGGUGAAGUAUUUGUUGAUACAUUUGAUGGAGGCAAGAAGCCACUUGCUCUAGUGAUGGGGUCAAGGCCUUACAGCAAAGGAACGUGUGAAGGGGUAGAAUCUGUAUUGAGAUCAAUGAAAGCAGGAGGUAAAAGGAGAGUCAUAGUUCCUCCCAAUUUGGGGUUUGGAGAGAAUGGUGCAGACUUAGGCUCAGGUGUCCAGAUUCCGCCGUCUGCAACUCUUGAGUACAUUCUUGAGGUUGAUAAAGUCUCCAUUGCACCUGCAUGAUUCUUUUUGAAGGAAAGAGCCAUAAAUUAAACUAAACUAAACUGCAUGUAUUUAGUGCGCUUUCACAGUUUUAUGAGUUGUAUAUUGUUUUCCUGUUAGAUCAUGAAUGCAUACACAGCAAAAGCAAAUUUAUUAAAAGGAACUCAAACUUCUAUUUAGUCCAGAUUGGUUUCUCA